AUGACGGACAAAAAGCAUGCAUUUUCCCUGACAGCAGAUCUCCUUUCGAAAAACGAUUUGGAUCACGAUGUGAUGUUUUUUGAGCCUUUCAAAAGUCACACAAUCAAAGAAGCCUCCAACAUUUUGAUAUCUGACUGUAAUAAAGAUGCAUCGAAACGCGACAUUUUCAAGUUCAAUGUGACAGAAUUGUUCAAAAAACGUUACGAAUUUCUAGGAAAUGCACAUCAUCAGAAAGUAAAACCCAAUACAGCGCUGUUAGAAAAAGUAAUAAUGGACGUUUUCAAUCACACUAAGAAGAAAUCGCUGCUGGACAUGCAAGCGAGGUAUCAUGGCUUGGUAAUAGAAGAAGAUAAAAAAGAGAAAGUAACAUGGACAUCGGAAGAUACAAAGAACAAUAGUUUUCAGCUCCUACCAGACAUCCCAUUUGUCAGGCGAUGGUAUCUGGAAUACCCACAUAUGGUUGAGCGAGAAUUAGUGGAAAUGGUGCAUGCAAGAUGUUAUGUAGUGCUACACAUCGCUAGCUAUGUUUUGGAGGAGCAUGAAAUGCAACAGAUUUUAGAUUCUGUUGCUGACCAGGUUCAUGAGAAAUCCGCCAGUCACAAACUGUUGGAGUAUGAGUUACUUUUGCUACGCCUUCUGAAGGUUGCUACUUCAUCUAACUGGCACCAUUGCCAGAGAGUUCUUUCGGAGUGCCAAGUUCCAUUUAAAAAUCUUGUAGAACAGUUCAAAAGUGAAGAGAGCAAGGGUGACUACUAUCCAGCUGUGGAGCUGCUUUUGAAAUGUUACUGGAUUGUUCUCUCGAAACUUUUAAUUGAUUAUAAGAACUUUGACUUGUCCAUUUUUGGAACUCUCGAUUCCAUCGAGUCCCCAACAGUUUUACAAUUUAUGAUCCAGUUCUGGGCAAAGUACCCAACUCCGUUACAGUCAUUGGACAAUAGAACAUUAUUCCACCAUAUGAUCAUUUAUUUUGUAUUGAACGCCGAUCACAAAAUUGACUGGGACUUGCUGAACUAUAUGAUUCAAAACCAAAGACUAUUCCAAACAGGAGUGGUCUCAAAAACGUUUGCAGUUUAUCAUGUUCUGAAAAACCCCGCAUCUAAUGUGGCGGAAUCUAUUCUCAAGUGUUCCAAUUCUUAUGAUUUUCUUGUGUUUACUAGGUGUGGAACCUCAAAAAAUGUGCCAGACUUCGAGGAACCGGUUCCAAUGGUUUCGAUAGAGCAAUUUGAAUACAUUUGGGAAAAAACCAUCAGCUAUGUUAUAAAACACCACAGAACGCUAGAGGAGAAAAUCGUAAAUCGAGCAAUAGUUACAAGUUUAGUGGAGCAAAUUUUGACAAAAUUGAAGACAACGGCUUAUCUUUCGGACGAGCUUUUGGUAGAAUGUCAUAGUCGCAAGUAUUAUCAAGCUCUUGGUGGAAUUGUGCAAAAAAGAGAGUUGGGAGCUAUCGAGAUGGACGUUGAUGAUGACGGCUUCAAGAUGAUUGUAAAUUUACAAGCAGAAUCGACCAAUCAUUUUGUGAAUUUGUCACCACAAGAAGCGGAUAGUUGUUUCAAAAAGAUCUUAGAGCUGUUGUUUGCGAUUCCCGAGUUUAAGAAUGCCAGAAUGCCCUAUGACGUCAUCAGCCUGUGCUUUCAAAAUUCUUGUCUUCAAAGGGAUAUUGAAUUGAGAAACUACAUUGCUGACAAAACUGUAUUUAUCCUCCAUGGCCUUGACAACUAUCAUGCUCUCAAUUAUUUCUUGUUGAGUCUUGUCAAAGUUCUCAAAUCUCACUCGUCUGAAGAUCUCAUGAAGAAGAAUUCCCAUAAAAAAGAUGUUUUAGUGAUUGGAAUCAAACAACUCAUGGAAAACAUUGAAGAAAAAAUAAAUCGAUUUGAAUAUCAAAAUGUUGAUGUGCUCGAUUCACACUAUAGUAAAUUCUUAACCAAACUUGAUUAUUACUGUCAAGCACAUCUGAUUUGCCUUUCGAUUUUGGUGUUUUGUGAUCAGACCCAUUGCUUCUCACCACUCCGUACAUGGUUUGAAGCAUUGAAUCGAAUUUCCAUAUUGAGUGAAAAACUGAAUAAGAGAGGAAUCUGGAACAGAGCUUAUAUUGAUUUAUUGAACCAACAAAUCUUCCGCAACUCCUCACCGUUCCCAUUGCCAUCUGGAAAACUUCUCGAGAUUAUAAGAGACCUUACUCCAUAUUUUGUGCUGAUCAACCGGGAAGUGCUUAGCCAGGCCGAUAUUGAAGUUUUGAUCUCCGAGAUUUGCAACCAAUCGGGUUUACAGCACUUGUUGCAAAAAAACAAGUACCCUGUUCUACACUCCAACAAUUUUCUAUCUCGGUAUUUAAUAGAACGAAUCAACAAUUCUAUUGAGCCUGGCUUACUUGUCUCUUACUUUGUUAACGACAUACUCAAAAAUCCCAACCAGUCCAGAGAAAAUUGCACUUUCCUAUUGGAGGCAUUCCGUCUGUCAUGGACUCAUCCGCCACAACACGAGGAUAUGGAGUAUUUAACCCAUGUAUCAGGAAACCAAAAGUUAUCUUUGAACGUCUAUUUCCAAUUCAAAUGCCGUGAAGAUUUUGAUGGUUCUGAAAAAAUUUCUAUUACUAUAGGAAACUUGAUUCUGAACAUGAGAUAUUUCUGUGAUUGUAAUGUUCUCAGGUGUCAGUAUACCACUAACAAUGGAGAUAAAAUUGUCGUUCUACUUGAAUCGCCAGCACAAGUUCACGCAGUAAUGAUGCAGUUUAGUAACAACGGAGAUGAAGUGAACAUUAUUGUAAGUUUUCAUGGUUUCUUUAACAUCGAGUACUAUCUCACUGGCCAUGGUACAGAAAAUAUCGCAAUCAAAUCGUUUUUUCAGACUCCACAGAAAACCCACCAACUCAAAAAUCGCAGAAACACAAGACUAAUUGACGAAAUCAAGAUAUCCAUCACUUCCUUACAUCAUUCGAUUCCGAUUAUUUUUCAAGGUGACCGGCAAUCAUUAUUUGACAUCAAGGAACUAGGAAUCACUUCCAAGAAUUUGGAAAGCUCUAGGCGUUUCACAUUAUCAACGAAAGGGCGAAAACUCAAUAUCGGUCAAAUGUUCCACUCUGUAAUGCCUAUCAACCAUGAUCAAACGUUGUCCUUGAGAAGUAAUCAGCUGGGAUUUGAAAACGUGUCUGAGCAAAUGAGAGCUUGCGGAGGUUAUGGCUUUCUUUUCCAUGUAAUUUCCAAAAAAUUGGUUGAAUCUGAAACACCGACCAGUUGUGAGAUCUACUGGGAACUUCUUCUGACCUAUCUCUACUCUCCGUAUCAACAAAAUGAAAAAUUCUCAAGAAGUGAAGCUCUCCAGAUGACUUCACUAUUACUCCGUAACACUAAAACAAGGGUUCCAGAACCCAUUUUUCAGGUAAGUGAUUUUGAUGAAUUCUUUUUUAAAAAAGUAAUAUUACAGAAAAUCUUCGAUAAGUGUAUGAUCACCAAUCAUGAAAUCAAGGAAGCUUUCUUUCUUAUAGAGUUGCUAUCUGAGCCAAAUUACUGGGAGAGUGAUUUGACGAUGUUCUACAGAUUGCUUACCAGGUUCAAGUCAUCAAAUCCUGGACCAAAUCUGGAAAAGUGUCUACCAUUGAUACUACAGAUUGUCGCCGGAAUCAUCAGGAAAGAUCUGGGCACCGACGAGGUUCAUGACAUUGUUACUGUUACUGUGGAAAUUUUCAAGGAGUGGUGUAGAGAGCCGCAUGCGGUUCGAACCACACAACUGGUCACUUUUAUGAUGGACUUGUUUGAUUUUGAGAGAAUUAGUCAGCAGAUCGAUAAAUUCCUGUGGGUCGAUGAUAAUGCUCUGGAAAUAGAGACUUCUCGUCAACCAAUUCUGAGUAUAAAUGGGGAUGAGUCGGAUGAUGAGAUCAUUAGAAGACGCAUCAAUAGAGAGUUGCUUCAACUUGAUCUACCGCUUGGCGAAAUUGACGAUGAUGAGCUGUUCAGAGUGAUGACACCAGUUGAACAACCAUUGGAUAAGGUGCUACGGAUGGUGUCAAGGAAUAGGGAUUAUAUGAUGAAAGGCCUUCUACAAAUCAUUCACCAGUCCUAUGUUCUUUGCCCGGACACUCAAUACUCAUGUUUUGAUUCUAUUACUGCCGAGAAAAUCUGCUAUCUUAUCGAGGUCAACAACAAUGGAAAGGUUCUAGGCGCUUUGAUUGAAAUGUACGAAGCAAUUAUCAAUCAUAAUGUUUACUCUGAUAAGAUCACAAAAAUUGUUCAACUCAACUUGUUACCAAUUCUCGCUCGUCAACUACGUGGGAAGCCGUUGGCUAUGCAAUCUGUCAAUGCUCUCUUUUCAAUCUUGCUCCGAGAGCAAGUCGACGUUUCCGCAGGACUCGAUAACGCGCAUCUCGAAACGUUUUAUCCGAAUUCAAUAUCUUGUCAAGCGGUGUACCCAUUGUUCACUAUAUUUGAGGAGUCUGCAGAUGAUGUGGAGAUAGCGGUAUUCACUCUCGUUUGCACAUCAUUAAAUAAGGUAGUCUACACUUUCAACAAUCAGCUUACUCAAGCAAUGACAGCAGCUGGAAUAGAUGAGCAUAUGGUGGCGAUUCUGGCAAAACUGUCAAAGUUAGGAGAUUUUAGAAUUCGGAACGAAAAACUCAAAGCUCUACUUGAUCCUUGGUUUGCUUUUGCCAUCAGUAUCAUCAGAAUUGGGGUCAACGGUCGCACAUCCGUGUUCGAAGGAGCAUCUCGGUUAAUCUCACAUCUCCUAUUGCUGUAUACCCAGGAAAAUGGAAAACUAUUAGAUAACCCUGAAAACGAAGCGCAAAGACUCAUCCGGGACAAUGUCUACUGGGCACUCUGUGUUUUACUACUUCAGCUUUUCAAGUUCCUUUUAGACAUUGCUCUAGCCGACUCGAACAAACAUCGAUCUGCUAGCAACUCGUCACUGCAUAUGAUGGGUUAUGAAGAAGAGCCAGAAGAAAUAGAAGCGACUCCGACGAAGCCAACAAAGUUCUGGGAUGAUAUUGCACAGAAAGUCAAGGAGAGUGUACUUGGUCCGAAUCACAAUUUGUUGAAAUGUCCAUAUAGGAAACAUAAGGAAUCUCCGUUGACUGCUGAGGAAAUGCGACACCGUAUUAAAGACGUAUUAACGUUGUGUCAAUUCUUCUUUAAACUCACGAAUCGAGUAGACUGUGAUGAGGAGGAUAACCUUUAUCGGAUAUUUUUCGAAGAAUUGUCAAAAUGGACACUUGAUGAGAAUUGGCCGAACUGUAUAUGGGUAACAGCUGAUAUGAUGUUCGUUACCAACGUGUUUGCUAGUUGUGUAACCUUUGUUAUGACGGAUAUUCAUCAGUAUGUCACUCCGUUUAAUAAAGUAUUCAUACGCCAGAAAACCUCCAGAAUGGAAAUCUUGCUUCACAAAAUUAUCCGUUCGUAUACUAAAAUCUCGACGGUGUUUGGAAAUGUUAUGGAUAUUGACCAAAUGAUCAGGCUGGCUAUGGAAAAUAUUACUCAACGGGAGGAUCACAAUUCCAAUCUUUUCAAUUUGGCAGUUCUCUUUUUGAAUAGUCCAAAUAGAGAUAAGUUGAAAGCAAACAUCGACUAUCCACAACUACGAACACCGGAUCUCAUUCAAAAAAUGACUGUGGAGAGUGAAAUUGCGUCUAGGUACUGGUUGGAUCAAAGGAACGACGUCAUUGCAAAAAUCAAUUGUAAAGGAAGACUUUUCGAGCCACAUUUCGAUGUGUUUGAAAUCAAUCAGUCUCUCGAACGAUUGCAGAAAACUUUGGCAGCUCCAAGGAACAUGAAAAGGGUUAAUGAGAUUUGUGAACUAAUGAAGAAGAUUGAAGAUAAUGAGCGCGUCUUCUCAAGAUUGUCACUUGUCAAAAACAACUACCACCCUAGAAAGAUAACAACUACACUAGGACCACGAGGAGAACGUAUGGUCACUGAUGCCACGGAUAUCAAGACCAAGAACAUGUUCAAUGGACCAGAUGACAUUAAACGGAUCAGCAUAUUCCCAGAUGUGUUCGAGAUUUUGUCACUAUCUUGGAUCAGGAAACCCAAUAUUUUUGCUCAACUGAGAAAUUCGUGUCUUCAUGGGAUUCUGAUAUCUAAUGGGACUCAAACAAAUCCAAUAUUUCAUGUACACCGCUCAGGAAUUACCGCAAUUCCCUGUGGGUCACACAUAGUCGAGAAGACCUAUCUCUUUGACGAUAUGACGAUGAUCUUCAGAAGACCUAUGAGACCCUGGGAUGCGCUAGAAGUUUCCUUUGAAAUUAUGAUGAACACCCAUGAGACACUUUUGAUAUUUUCGCAACAGCGGUUUGCAAAACUUCUUGAACAAUAUUCAUCAAAACUAAUAGCUACGGAGAAUCAUCUUCUGGCGUUUACGAAACGAUGGGAGGAGGGAAAAAUAUCCAACUUUGAGUACCUCACAAUGCUGAAUUUGUUCUCCGGGCGUACCAUUCAUGACAGUAGUAGCUAUCCAAUUUUUCCAAGGAUUUUGGCAAGAUUCGGAAACGAUAAAAUCGAUCUGGAGAAUAGAUUUCUGUAUCGGAAGCUGGACAGACCCGUUGCUGCCCAAGACGCGUUGUCGAUUGAGAAACAUCGUGAGCACUAUGCAGAGUUAAAGGAAAACGAGGAAGUGAGUCAUCUGACCCCUUACCAUUUUGGCUCAAUGUGCUCCAACCGUGGUGUUGUUUCAUUUUAUAACAUCCGCUUAUUGCCAUUUGGAGAGGAAGCUAUUGAAUUGCAAGAUGGAAGAUUCGACUUCCCGGAUCGCCUUUUUCAUAGCAUUGAGUCUGGCCUAGGUCUCGGAAAAAUUGAGUCUAGCAAUGACUACAAAGAGCUAGUGCCAGAGCUGUUCACAACAGUGGAAGUGUUGAGAAACGAAAAUGGAAACCAGUUUGGAGAAAGACAGAAUGGAGAGCCAGUUCAAGAUGUUGAGGUGCCGAAGUGGUGUCAUGUGCAUGGUGUUCCAAUUCAUGAGAACUUCAUUUAUUUGCACAGACAUGCAUUGGAAUCAGAACAUGUUCAAUCAACGUUACACCACUGGAUAGACUUGGUAUUUGGGUUCAAGUCUAGAGGGAAAUCUGCGCAUGAGGCAAUUAACGUUUAUCAUCCAGCUGUCUACCCGGGAAAUUCCCCACCACCUGGUUUCGACAGAGUUAUGACAAACGCCUACGAAGCUAACCAGAAAACCCUGGGCACUGCACCUCUUCAACUCUUCACACAACCUCAUCCGAAACGAGAAGUCGUCCAGCACAGACAUGGUUCUGUACGAAACAUGCAUGGCCUAGCAUUUGGAAAAGAGCUGACAGUGGGGCAGUAUGAUAUGGGAGAAUACACAAUUGACAGACAAACUACUCAAAGGGUUUGGAGGAGGAUGAAAAUCUUGAAAUCCAGAAUCUUCAAUAAGAGCAACGCGUCAGAUUAUGACAGUGUGCAGUUGUUCAAGAGGAACAAGGACAAAAAAGAUCGAGAAGCCACCGAGAUGAAUUAUAGAACUAUGGGUUCAACGUUAACCAUUUCUGACGACUCAUCAGAGUGUACCAAGGAGCAUAACAAGAAGAUUCUCGAGAUGUCUGUGGAGGACAACUAUGUGGCUUGUUUGGUCCAAGAGGGACCGAUUGAAGUCUACAGGGUUGUGAACAAAAAACAACCAAAAUCUAGAAACACUGUGGAUCUGAUGUUGAGAAGUGAUAGCAAAUCGUUUUCAAUUGAAUACUACGGUACAAUCCCUGUUCAAGAAGGGCACUACACGUCUGUCGAGAUUUGUGCAUCGUUUUCGACAAUUUUCACUGUCCAUACAAUCCAUAAAAAGUCUGUGGUUUCUGUGUGGAACUUGCAUACUCAUCAUAUUCGAGCUUGCUGUACUAUCGAUGCUCUGGUGGAUACCUGUGGGGUGUUGAAGAAUUUGGGUGAGCUGAUAGUGGUGGAGAAAUGGAAUGGAGAGCAGAUAAGAUAUGAGAAGCAAUGGAGGACUAAAGAAAGAGUGACCAAGAAGAAGAAGUAUUUCGGGAAGUUUCCAAAAGUCACAACUGAGCAGAUACUUGCGAAAAUCAGUAUCACUUUCAAACAGUUAGUUCCUCAAAAACCUUUUUUUCAGGUUAAUGCUAAACCUCUCAUCUCGAAAUACACCGAAAACAAUUUGUUCAUACAUGAUGGAGUCCUCUCGAUUGCACCAGAUCCUGGAAUGGGCAUUCAAACUUUGGCUAUGAUACGGAGCGACCAUUCGAUUGUCUUAAUCGAGACCAUUGGCUUAACUGUAAUGAGAGUUUUGGAAGUGGAGAACAGAAUGGAUUUCUGUUUAAGAGAGUUGCGAUAUCUGGAAGACAACUCGCUAAUUGCAAUUUUCAAGGAAAAUCGGUCAUUGCGAAAAAAGAACAAGGAGCUGUAUAAGAAUUUGGGAUGUGCUCCUCCGACUAAGACUUGGCGUUUUAGAGUGAAAGCUUAG